AUGUCUGCGCCUACAGCUCUUCGUCAAGAAAAACCAGAGGCUCAGCCUCAGGCUGUUUCUUAUGAUCAAGAUGAUGAAAUUUUGAUUGAUGCCCAAGCCUCGAAUGAGGGUGUUCCCGUCAACCCCGUCGCCGAGUCUACAGAGGAAGAAAUGCGCAUUGACGAGGAAGGUCGUCCUGUCUUCACACCGGCCAAAGACGUCGCCACCGCAUACCGUAUCGAAACGCGAAAGGUCCCCGUCCCGCCGCACCGCAUGACGCCGCUCAAGGCGAACUGGCCCAAGAUCUGCCCUCCUAUCGUUGAACAUCUCAAGUUGCAAGUCCGAAUGAACAUCAAAAGCCGAGCCGUGGAAUUGCGAACCUCUAAAUUUACCGACGACGUGGGUGCCCUGCAGAAGGGUGCUGAUUUCAUCAAGGCCUUCACUCUUGGUUUUGAUCUCGACGAUGCGAUUGCUCUCCUCCGACUUGACGAUCUUUACAUCCAGACUUUCGAGAUCAAGGAUGUGAAGACCUUGACUGGUGAGCAUCUCGGCCGUGCUAUCGGACGUAUUGCUGGAAAGGACGGAAAGACCAAAUUUGCGAUUGAAAAUGCUAGCCGGACACGAGUGGUUCUGGCCGAUCAGAAGAUCCACAUUUUGGGUGGGUUCAAGAACAUUCACAUUGCCCGUGAGGCAAUCGUUAGCUUGAUUCUGGGUAGCCCUCCGGGUAAGGUAUAUGGCAAUCUUCGAACCGUUGCCUCGAGAAUGAAGGAGCGGUUCUGA